AAGGCGGCAUCAGUACCAUCACCAUGCCACAGGCCACCCACAACGCACCACACCGCAACAGGGUCCACUCGUCCAACUCGCGCGAUUCCAUCUCCUACGCAGGAACACCGAUGCAAACUUAUCGCCGUGAUACCUUCUUCUUCCUCACUCUUGAUAACAUUUAAAGAAUGUUCAUGCAACCGCGAUGCCGCCUGCCCAGCUAGCCACUCACACCUCCAUGAGCUUAUACAUGUUCUAACAGCACGUCCAGCAUAUGUCAUCAUCCAUGGCGAGCUCAAGGCAGAUGUGCAGCCGCUGCGGCGCGUACAUCUCCGCGCCGCCGGGCGCGCGCUCCGUUCGGUGCGCGCUCUGCCACACCAUGACGCGCGUGGAGCGCCGGCCGCAGCACCAGGGCGGCCUGCACCAGGCCGUGUGCUUCAUCAAGGGCCUGCUCUUCGGGGCUCCGUCGCGGUCGCCGACGCCGGCGUCAUCCGGGUCGAUGCGUGCCGGCGACCCGUACCGCCUGCCGGCCAGCUACCCGAGCGCCCGCGGCAAGAAGCGGGCGCUCCUCGUUGGCAUCAGCUACAGCUUCACCAAGUACGAGCUCAAAGGCACCGUCAACGACGUCAACUGCAUAGCCUACUUGCUCCGCGAGAGGUUUGGCUUUCCCAGCGACUGCAUUCUCUCCCUCACCGAGGAGGAGAAGGACCCGUACCGUUGGCCGACCAAGGACAACCUCCGGCUGGCGAUGCGGUGGCUGGUGGAGGGCUGCACCUCCGGCGACUCCCUGGUAUUCCACUUCUCCGGCCACGGCGUCCAGAAGCUGGAUAACAACGGCGACGAGGUCGACGGCUACGACGAGGCGCUCUGCCCUCAGGACUUCGAGGCCCGCGGCGUGAUCCUCGAUGACGAGAUCAACGAGACCAUCGUCCGCCCCCUCGGCGCGGGCGUCAAGCUCCACGCCAUCAUCGAUACAUGUCACAGCGGCACCAUCCUCGACCUCCCCUACCUCUGCCGCAUAUCCAGAACUGGGUACUGGCAAUGGGAGAACCACAACCGUCAACCAGAUGUGCAGAAAGGCACGAACGGCGGCCUGGCGAUCUCCUUCAGCGGUUGCGGCGACAGCCAGACCUCCGCAGACACGACGGCCUUCACCGGCUCCGCCUCGACCGGCGCCAUGACGUACAGCUUCAUCAAGGCGGUGGAGUCUGAGCCGGGCACCACCUACGGCCGACUGCUCAGCGCGAUGCGGGCCACGAUCCGCGACAACGGCGGCGAGUCCGGCAUCCCCGGGCCGAUCGGCUCCUUCUUCCGCCGGGUCGUCACCUUCAGCUGCGCACAGGAGCCUCAGUUGUGCGCGUCGGAAGCAUUCGAUAUCUACAGAAAGCCGUUUAUCUUGUAGUUAUCGAACGAUAACCGGUUCUCUAAUCGGCACUGCUCUUAAGGCGUGUCACUUCACUUGUGAUCUCUCCGUUUAGGAAGCUCAUUCGUUGUGUAACAGAAGAGAAAUUUUAAGAUGGUCCCGGACAUAUACGAUUCUAAACCGUCCACUUACUUUGGGCUAACGGACAGGAUAAUCUACAUUACUUUGCUUGCUACUA